AUGUCGUCACCAGUAAUGGAAGUUGUCAGAGAAACAAAAGAGGUAUGAAAGAAUUACAGCAAAUGGGUGAGCUUACUUAUCCCCCAACUGCUUCACGUUGAGUAACAAUCACUAGGUAUUAGACAAGGGUCUCAAUAGGGAUGGUACCUUUGCCGACUCAACCCAUUAAUUUUUUCCAGUUUUGAUGAUGACGGUUGAAUUUUAGACCUUUUGACGUUUGUCGGUUAUUCUGUGGAAAUCUAGUCCAAGAAUUUAAAUAAAUUGUUCUGCAUAAAUGAAUAUCAACUGUCGUGUGUUAGAGGUUUGUUUGGCCUUUCACCCUUAAAAUGUCGAAGUACCAGAUGUAAGGUCUUGUAAUGUAUGGAGGGAGUGUUUUUGAAAACAUGGGAAGUAGUUUUUCUAGUUUAGAGAUUCUUCAGAUCAGCUGAAAUAGUGCGUUGAAAAACCUUUAAACCUUUUUACGGUUAAUAUAUAUCUGCAAUUUUAACAGUUGACAUCAAAAGAAGCGGAGAAGAAAAAUUAGAAAUAUUAAGGAAACAAACAAGCACCUGCGAAAUGAAUCCAUGCUUUGUAUUUUGAAUUUAGAUACGUUAUCUUUCUCUUCUCAACAGAUGGAACUCACCUGGGCGAAGAGCAUGGAAUGUAAAGUCAUAAUGGCGAAUGUUCGACAAUACGCUAGAGGAGCUUAUUUAAAAGCUGUUACAAAGAAGGGUCAUGAACGGGAAGCAAGGAUAACUGUGGAAUUUACGGGAAACGCUUAUGAGGAAACAACAGGUAAUUUGAAAAUAUGGACACACGAGUAAGACGUCAAGUUAAUGCAAGCGCUUCCUUUCUUUGUUUGUUUGUUUGUUUUUUCAUGCAUAUUCAGUGUUAUUUCAAUCUUCACCGUUUCAUUUGAUAGUAAAGGAAGGCAGCGUCAAAAUGUCUUCAUUUGGAUCAAAGUUUAUAGUUUUUGUCUUUGGCAACAAAAUUUAAUAAAGCAAAUCACGAUAACGAAAAAGCCAGUAAGUUUAGCAAGGGAUGAGAAACUUAUUGAUCUAGCGCAGGAGCCGAUUAUUUCUAGCCAAAUUGAAUUUUCCCGCCAAAAAUAUCACUAAAGUAACAGCUUCCUUUGUUUUGACCAGCUUUGUCGACUUUCAUUGUAACAAGAUGACGCAAACGACUGUAGAGGAAUGAAAACAUUUUAUCAUAAGAAUCUGCUCCACAAUAUCUUAUAAUAAGAAUUGGCUCCUUUUCUUUAGGCGGGAUUGGGUAUCCAUUGUGCGUGGGAAAAUUUGAUCCAGUUCUAGGCAAUUCAGCAAAGAGUACUGGGAAGUGCUAGCGGUCACUACACGCUAGCUCUGGAUGUUUUUGUAUCAGAAACUAAACGAGUGAGCGCAUCGAACGAGUGAGAUUCAUGACGUGCGUAUAAGUAAGAAUCGGCUUUCCAUGACUGAAGUAUAAGUCUAUAUUUAUUUAUCAGGUAUAAUUACCAGGCGGUGACCAAAAUAUAAACUGUUGUAUAUCCCAUGUAUUUCAGAAUUCUAUAUUGGGCAGCAUGACAUGCCAGGAUACAACACCUUCUCGUGCUAUAUAGAGGGCCAACAGUAUUUCCUGUGUGCAGAGAAUAACGAAGUGUUUCUGAUGGUAAGUAAAUGAAUACGAGUUAUUUUAAGUAAAAUGACUUACAUUUAGCUACAUUUUAAGGUGGAAGUUAAGUAUAGUUCACCUUACGUAUACCCUAACAUGUUUUACGGUUAAUGAUGGAAGUACUUUUCUGUAAACCUUGCAUUUUUUGGAGUUUACAACUGAAAAAAGUUCCCCCACAAAAGCGGAAUAUUCCUCUUUUAUCCAGCUCUCUAGGGUUGCUAAAUGAAAUUUAAGAGAGCGGAUUUGAAAUGGCCCCUCUGCUACUUUGCCCUUCAUACUACUCGAGAUUAUGGCGGAAAAUUAUCGAUUAACGUGACGAUCUAACUAUUUUCAGCACAGAAAAACACAGUCAGAAUGGUUGCCACGGCCUAACGCCAGUGACUCACAAAGCCAUUCUUUCGAUACAUACUAUGUCACAGUAACGUCAUUUUAUCAUGUUUAUCACUUUCUUUUGUGCUUUCAAUGUAGAGUUCCUCUGAUAGCGAGCCUACUGAUGCCAGGUUCUUGUUUCAUGUUGAAAAAGCCAGUAACGUUUUCUGCAACAUAAAGUCGGCUGUUAAUCCAGAAAUGUUUCUGGUCAGUGAUGAGUCAGGCAAGGCAGCCAUGAGGCGGAAAAAGGGCCGUACAACCUAUGACAGACAAGCCUGGUUUCGAUUUUUACCAUACGGCGACGUGGUAACGACUCCAGUUGGUGCAAAAACCAUCUUUGAAGCCAGUACUUUUGAAAUCCAGGAGGCUGUUUCUUGUAAUUAA